AUGCUGCGGAGAUUGUGCAGAUCACCAGAUGUUGCAAUGCAGAAGGGUCCUUGGACUCGCGAAGAGGAUAAGCUGCUUAAAGAAUAUGUAAGCCAGCAUGGGGAAGGCAGAUGGACUUCCGUGGCUAAGUCUGCAGGGUUGAACAGAAGUGGGAAGAGCUGUAGGCUAAGGUGGGUUAAUUACCUUAGACCUGGUCUUAAGAGAGGCCAAAUGACUUCUCUUGAAGAAGCCAUCAUCAUAGAACUGCAUGCUCUGUGGGGAAACAAGUGGUCAACAAUUGCUCGGUACUUGCCGGGGAGAACAGACAAUGAGAUAAAGAACUACUGGAGGACCCACUUCAAGAAGAGAGAGAUUAACACCAGCUGGAGGCAGAGGCAAGACAAGCAAGAAAUUAGAUCAGCCAACGAAGUUGUAAAACAGCAACAGCAAUGCCAAGAUGAAGCUGGCGAUGGCAUGAUUAUGAAGGAGGCCGCACAAGGCGAUCAGGUUGCGGCAUAUCCUAAUUACUGGGAGGAUCAAUGGCCCGUGGAUGUGAUGCUCCAAGAGGAUCCGCAUACAGCGGAGGAUGACGGCAGCUUGUGGGGUGGUUUGUGGAACCUAGACGACCCCACCAUGGCUGCAUAG